AUGAAGACGAAGACUCCCUCCGCCAUCUCGCUGGUGCUGGUGUUCGGCCACCUUUGUGGAGCUCAGACACCGAGUCCCGGCGCAGAACAAGGGCCGCUGACCCUGCAAGACGUCUGGGACCAAUUGAGGGAUCUGAGAGACAUGGUGGUGCAGCAGAAAGUGGAGCUGAGGUACCUGACAGAGAGAGUAACAGCUGCUGAGAGCUUAGUGGAGGCCUUGGAGAUAGCGAAUGCAGAUCAAGCCGCAGAGCUCGCAUUUGCCCAGGAGAAGCUCAGCACUCUACAGCAAAGACUGACAGCCGACGAAACCAACCUGGAGGAGCUGGAGAAACAUCAGGAAGGACAAGAUGCUGCACUGCGGGAACUUCAGACUUUGAAUGAAGUGGGGAAAGUGGCUUUUUCUGCCUCUCUUCUGGAAUCUGGUGAAGGGAACACAGAGGGAGAUGCUUUCGUGCCACUCGUCUACAAAAAUGUCUUCACCAACAUUGGAAACCACUACAACCCAAACACAGGCUGGUUCACUGCACCAGUAAGAGCACUGUAUUACUUCAGAUUUACUGGCCAUCUAGCACACACUGAAAGCAGUAUGUUGAUGAGACUUGUAAAGAACGAAGAUUUCAUAGUCGCAAGUGGUGAUCGUCAUACCACAGCCGAAGAUCUCGAGGACAACGUAUCGGCUGGCGUGGUGUUGCAGUUGGAGGAGGGGGAUGUUGUUUCGGUACAAUUUUAUGGAGAGGUUUGGGAUGACCACUACCACAGAACCACAUUUAGUGGCUUCCUGCUCUUUCUUUUGUAAGAUAUCAAAAUAGAAUCCUGCAGGAAUGAGUCAGCAUUUAUGCCCGUUUGCUUCCCUUGUCUCAGAGUCAACAUUUUCAUUUGAAUGGGUUAUUUUAACAUGCUUGAAAUAAGGUCUGUUCUGAGCUCAAGUGGUAUUUCCAUUUAGCUGCAAUAAUUAUUUUCUCAGCAAAUAUCCACUUGUGACAUGUGAGGCUGAACACCACCAUUGGUCCUGAAGUCAUGCAUCCACUCACAAAAAGUUGUUAUCAAGAUGAUUUUGUAGAACAAAUAAUGUAAGCAGUUUGAGCGCUGCAUGCAGAACCACAUUCGCCAAUGGCAACACAUUUAUUCAGAACAGCAAAAUUGUAUCAUCUUCAACUUUUUGUGACAUAAAACAAAGUCUCUGAAAAUAAAAAAUAAAAGCUUCAUUCAUCCCCCA